AUGCGAUCCAUCGCAUCUCUGGCUGCGAUCAGCCUUGCCUUAGCUGGCCUCUCCUCCGCCAGCGACGUCCAUGACCUAAAGACAGACAACUUCAAAGACUUCAUCUCCCAACAUGAUCUGGUACUAGCAGAGUUCUUUGCCCCGUGGUGUGGCCACUGCAAAGCUCUGGCACCGGAGUACGAGGAGGCCGCAGCCACACUGAAGGAGAAAAACAUCCCCUUGGUCAAGGUCGACUGUACUGCUGAGGGUGAUCUGUGUAAGGACUAUGGUGUCGAGGGCUAUCCUACCGUCAAGGUCUUCCGAGGCCUCGACAACAUCAAGCCAUACCCUGGCGCAAGAAAGGCUCCUGCCAUCGUCUCAUACAUGACCAAGCAGCAACUGCCUGCUGUCUCACUGCUUACCCCUGAUACUCUGGACGAGUUUAAGACGACGGACAAAGUCGUCGUGGUAGCAUACAUCUCAGCCGACGACAAAGCAUCUAACCAGACCUUCACCUCUCUCGCCGAGUCGUUACGGGAUGAAUACAUUUUCGGUGCCUCCAGUGAUGCCGCACUUGCCAAGGCAGAGGGUGUGAAGCAACCUGCUGUUGUGCUGUACAAAGAAUUCGACGAGGGCAAGAACACAUUCACAGAGUCAUUUGACGAGGAGGCUAUUUCGAAGUUCAUCAAGACCGCCUCGACUCCGCUGGUCGGUGAAGUCGGCCCAGAAACCUAUGCUGGUUACAUGGGUGCUGGAAUUCCACUCGCCUACAUUUUUGCUGAAACCCCGGAAGAACGAUCCUCUUUGGCAGACACUCUCAGACCCGUCGCUGAGAAAUAUAAAGGCGUCAUUAACUUCGCAACCAUCGAUGCCAAGGCAUUUGGCGCUCACGCUGGUAACUUGAACCUGCCUACUGACAAAUUCCCUUCCUUCGCCAUCCAAGAGACAGUGAAGAAUGAGAAAUAUCCCUUUGCCGGCAACGACCUUACUGAGAAACAAAUUGGUGCUUUCGUCAAGGAUUAUGUCAACGGGAAGCUCGAGCCAAGCAUCAAAUCAGAGCCUAUCCCAGAGAAACAGGAAGGACCUGUCGCUGUGGUUGUCGCUCACUCCUACAAGGACAUCGUCCUCGACGACUCCAAAGACGUGCUGAUCGAGUUCUACGCUCCUUGGUGUGGACACUGCAAAGCUCUCGCUCCAACAUAUGAGAAGCUCGCGGAGCUCUACACCUCCGGCGAUCUGUCCUCUAAGGUCACCGUGGCCAAGAUCGACGCUACCCUCAACGAUGUUCCGGACGAGAUCGCUGGCUUCCCCACCAUCAAGCUAUACCCUGCUGGCGCCAAGGACUCUCCUGUCGAAUAUUCAGGCUCUCGCACCAUGGAGGACCUUGCUGCCUUCAUCCGCGACAAUGGCAAGCACGGCGUUGAUGGUAUUGCCCUCUCCAAGGACGAGGAUGUCGAGAUGGAAGAUGUUUCAUCUGCUGCCAGUGACACCAUGGCCAAGGCUGCUCCUGCGGCAACCACGGUGGCCGAAGAGGUCUCCUCGGGCGCAGCUGGUGCUGUCAAGAGUGUAGUCAGUGAAGCUGCGGAGGCGGCUAAGACGAUGCUCGCAGAUACCGAUGAAGGUGGCGUCCAAGAGCACGAUGAACUGUAA